UCUACACACCUAUUCCACUGCCUUUUUCAGUUACACAGAUUGCCCGAUCAAGCAGAAUUACACAGAUUGCCCGAUCAAGCACUGUUUGGCAGCCUAUAAAAUCUCUCACAGAUGGAACCAGAAACUCAAGAGAAAAUCGAAGAAACGGUAUUGGAGAUCCUGAGGAGCUCCAACAUGGACGAGACGACCGAGUCCAAGAUCCGCAAAAUGGCCUCCGACAGGCUCGGAAUCGACCUCUCCCAGCCGGACCGCAAGCAAUUCGUCAGGAAAGUCGUCAAUGCCUACCUCGAAGAAGAAAAGGCGAAGGCCGAAACAGAACCGGCCGAAGAAAUCACCAUAACCGAACAGCCCGAAGAAGAAGGAGAUGAAGAGGAAGGCCGAAAGAGAAAGAGAGGCGGUGCUAAAGAGUUCGAUGACGAAGGCGAUCUCAUUGUUUGUAAGCUAUCGGAAAGGAGAAGGGUGACUAUUCAAGAUUUUAGAGGGAAGACACUGGUGUCAAUUAGGGAAUACUAUAGAAGAGAUGGAAAAGAGCUUCCUACUUCCAAAGUCAAAUACAAUAGGAAAGAGGACAAGAAAUACCAAAAAAGGAACAGAGAUCCUUGUGAAACCCUUCUUGCCAUUGAGCUGGAAUAAGCUUGACAACUGAUCAGUGGUCAUCCUUCAAGAAGAAUGUACCUGCCAUAGAGAAAGCCAUCAGGAAGAUGGACUCAAGGCUGAACUGAGGGUAUUGCUUGCUAGAUGAAAACUCUAGAGCCAUUGGAAACCCGAGCAACGAUAUUUUAUCACUGAAACCCUUCCUGUUUGUAGUUGCACAAUGGGGUCUGGUUUUUGAGGAAUUUUGUGUUGAUAUUUCAAUGUCAAAAUACUUUCUGUGUAAGUUGAAUUUCUGUGUUCUUGGAUCUGUGCUAGAUGUUGAAGCGCAAAGCCCAUUAAGAACUGAUGUGAAUGAUCUGCUUUAAUGAAAUGAACUACUAUUAAGCUUGAGUAGUUUUUCCUGUGAA